AAAGAUGUGGCAACACCAUAUCAGGCACGCCAUAUUUUGCGACAACGAAAAUUCGCGUAGUGCUCAAGCAAAUACCAGAAAAUCAAUAAGAAUUGCUGGUAAAAUUGGUUAAAAUCUGUGCGUGUCGCGAUUGACCUUUGUUUUGGGCCAAAGGCCAGGGGUUUGUCGCGAUUUCAGCUGUUUCACAACGCCGCAAGUUUGACAACAACGUAGAAGAAGAAGAAAAUCAACUAAGGGCUGCCUUUUUAACAAACAAAAUAAAAAAAUAACCAUGAAGGAAAUAGCAACUUCCAGCGGAAGUCAGCCACAUACUUCAGAGGCCUCCACCUCGAUUAUAACCUACAGUCCCAGCAAAUUUCUGACUCGGGUUGGAGCAGGCAAAAGUACCUACACCACACAGACACACACAACAGCAACUUCGGCGGCAACGACCGCAACAAAAACAAACAAUCUACCAGUGGGUGGAGCCAGUGCCUCGUACUAUGUGGUUAAGGCCGGCUCCCUGGGCAGCGCAGCCUCCAUGUCGGGAUCCAUUAAAGUCAGCUCACCGCCAAAGGUUCAGUCGAUGAUAAAGUCACCCGCCCUGGUCGUCACGUCGCCCUCUACGCCGACCGAGAGUUCGAGUACUAUUUCUGCGCCAAGUGAAUCUUCUUUUGGUGAGAAAAUGGAGCACAGCUAUAUGCGCGAUACGCCAGUACGCAGCGAAGUCCACAAUGGCCUUACACCGGCGAGGAACAUCUUGGUCCGCCAUCCGCCGCAGUGCCCCAGUUGUCACACGUAUCCCCAGCAGCACGAAGAGUUGGCGGAGAUGCAGCAGGCGCAUGUUCCGCCCUAUGAUGAGAUAGCUGCCAAGGAGGCAAUGAAUGAAUGCGCUCGUAUUGCAAAAUACGUUAAGAACAACAAUUCGGAUGAACAAGAUUGGGUGGCGCGCGUCAAUCAAUUUGGUUGGACACCCAUGCAGCAGACACUAUUCGAAAAGGUCUGUGCCAUUCUGGACCAGGAUCAAUUGGCUCGCCUGGCCAACGACAAACGCCAGCACGAGGCUAUCUAUCGUCGUGUAAGUGCAGACAAGUCCGCUUCUAGGCUUCGCAAGGUUCUGGCCAGCGUGUCUUGGGAGUCACGAAUCACGCAAUGGAUUCAUGCUCUGCUCAUGGAGCACUUGUCGCCCUCGUACAUGGCUUCAUACCUAGAAAUUCUGCAGACGCUGAAGACCAAGCUGCCUACUUUAGUGGACAAGAUGCUUUUCAGUAGACCGCUAAACAACAGUCAGGAGUUGCUUGCACCUGUGAUGAAAAAGCGAUGGGAGCCUAACAUACUCCCUAAGGGUCGCCAACUUACACACAACGCUGUAAUGGUAGUGAUACCCACUAUGCCCGUCGGUGGGCCGGUUUCGGACCGAAUGCAGAAGUGGUACCAGGCAUUGGCCACUAUCACACAAGUCGUGCAAAUCACACUACCGAAUACAAAUAACAGAAUUGGCAAUCACAAUCUGGACCAGGUGGCCGAAACCAUUGUGUGUCUUACACGUGUCAAGAUCCACGAAUUGCGCACAGAUAAUCCUAACCGAGGCAUUAUUCUUGUCGGUUUCAAUGCUGGAGCGGCUUUAGCUCUACAGGUUGCUCUUUCGGAAAGUGUGGCCUGUGUGGUUUGCAUGGGCUUUGCCUACAACACUAUUCGUGGGCCUCGUGGAACACCCGAUGAUCGUAUGCUAGACAUUAAGGCGCCUAUACUCUUUGUCAUCGGGCAGAAUUCAGCUCGCACCAGCCAGGAAGAAAUGGAAGGGUUACGCGAGCGAAUGCAGUCUGAAUCCUCGCUGGUGGUUGUGGGUAGUGCUGAUGAUGCACUGCGCGUUCCGAAAAGCAAGCGACGCAUAGAGGGCGUUACCCAAUCCAUGGUGGAUUAUAUGGUGGUUGAGGAAGUCUUUGAAUUUGUGAAUAGAACUCUGACUAAUCCACCUGGACCACGUAUGCCCACUUCUCUAAUGCAGCAGCAGGGCUACCAGCGCCAACAGAAGCAACAAACUCACAUUCUGGCCGAUGGAAACGCAAACAAGGCUGUUCAGCAGAUGCGUAAGCGUAAGGGUGACGGUGGUUUGGACGAUACAAUGGGUCUGCCCGCAAAGACGAAGUUUGUGCCACACAAUCGCGUUCACAAGCCGAAGCCACCGCGCCUCAUUGAUCCGUUUGCUGCUAAGCGAAAGGUUGGAAGACCCCGAACUCGCCCUCUCCCCAAUGUCGGUGGCUCGGCCGGCUCUAGUAGCCAAAAAGGUGCACUUCAUCCAGACAAAAUCAAAAUGAGCAGCGAAGAACUUAACAAAUCAAUUGAAUUCAUACUAGAUGAUUCCAUGGACUAUGAAGACGGCCAAUCGAGUGCAGGAGUAUCUGGAUCAGGAGGAUCAUUAGGACUGUCUAAGAUGAUCACAACAGGUGUUUUGGGAAAACAACUGCCGCCCGUUAAUCUCGCCGCUGGCACCAAGAUCAAGAUGAUACCCUCAAACCAGUUUGUCCAAAUCAAGUCUCUACCAGCGCAGGGAAAACUCAUUAACUACACUCUAAAUAAGGGAAGUGGUGGAUCUGCCAGUACAGCAACCAUUGGCAGCAUUGUGAAGACGCUACCAAACACAUCAGUUAGUGGCCAACAAAUCUUCACCCUGAAAACGCCCACUGGACAAACGCAGCAAUUUGCUACCGCGGGAUCAUCUACAGGUGUAGUCGGGUCAUCGACGUCCGCAGCGUCGGGACAACAGAAGUACACGGUGUUCAAGAACGCCAACGGCAUGACCAUGCUGCACCUUACCAAAAGUGCACCUACUACAGCAAAUAGCAGCGCUUCCGGGAGUAUGGAUUUGUCUAAUAUUAUCGAUAUGCCCAUUGUUUUUGCCGACAACGAAGGAAAUAUCCCGGAACAUCAACAAGUUGAUAAGGAAAUUAAACCAGCUUCCAUUCGUAGCGCGAAUAAGAGUCCACUGAUUAUCAGUCAGAAGAUCAUUAAAGAGGCUAAUAAACCUUCAGGCGUAGUAUCUAGCAGUGGAAGCAUUAGUGGUGCCACCAAGUCGGGCAAUAUCGUGCUCAACAAGGGCCUUCAGCAAUUGUUUACUUCUUCUCCCGGAGGACCUGUUACCAGCCAGAAUAAAGUGGUAUAUCUCAAUAGGAAUACAAUGAAACCAAUGGGAAAUGUGGUUACUGGUGCACAUCGUGUUCCUAUAAGAAUUGUAAGCGGUCCAAAGACGGGAGGAGUAGUGACCACCACAUCUUCCAAUAGUCCCAUCAUGGUAGAUCCCGCUACAGGAUCUUUGGUUACCAGUGUCAAGACCGUUAAUGUACAAACCAUUAAGCCGACGGCUUCUGGUCUUGCGCAAGGAACUCUCCGUCAAGCGGGUAACAAGAGCUAUCCGCAGUUCCAGGUGAUCAAUAGUAGCACUCCGGGAACUACCAAAACAGUUUCCGGAGACGGGAAGACUCCUGUACGAAACAUCUACUUUAAAUCUGCCACCGGACUCAAGCAGUUGCCAGUGCAAAUGCUGGGCAAUCGUAUACCGGGUGGAGCUGUCGUCUCAUCAUCAUCUUCGGGAAGUUCUGCAGUGCGCCGAGUGGUCAAUAUUGGACCCGUCCCCAAGAUGACAGCCACUUCGACACCACCAACUUCGACAGCGGCAGCACCAACCCAAAUCAAAAAAUAAGAACUACACGUUUUUGGUUACAUUUUAGUACGUAAAUAGAUGAUAACGUUGUAAAUAUGUUAAGAAAGUCAAUAAUAUGUUGGUAAGGGGGAGGUCUUCAAUUUCCCUCUUAUUUUAUUCGAAGGAUUAUAAUUUCAUAAAAUAAAAAAAUAUAUAAAUUGACAAAAAAA